AUGGCGACACCGCUUUCAGGAAGCCCUGAGGCGCUGAUAAUCGACAAACUUCGCAGUGAACACCUCGACAGAGCCGAGGCUUUCUAUCUGAAUGCUAGGAACAUGAACGAUCCGAUGACAGGAUUGGAGGAUCAGGAUUUCUGGUCUGUCCAAGCGCUGCUUCUCAUGUCAUAUUAUAUGUUGGCCAAAAGCAAGCGAAACACUGCUUUUGCCUUGCUUGGGAUGGCCGUACGGUCUGCACUUGCGCUCGGUCUCCACAGAGAAGAGACCAUGGUCAUCUUUAGCCCCGAGGAACAAACACAACGAAAAGACCUUUGGCGUUCGAUUUUCGUGAUGGAUCGUUUACUGUCUUGCUCUCUUGGUCGUCCGACCGCCAUAUCGGAAGACGACUGCUCGGGAGAUACACUCCGCCCGCCCGACAGCAGUGUUCGCAACCAGUCGUGGAGCUUCAGCGCAAAGACUGUGUACGAUUUCAACGAGACUGGCCCACCUGCUCUGGAAGCCACCGUUCGAAGCUGCAGAGUCAUCGGCGUCAUCUUGCGGAGGGUGUACCAGCAACGCAAGAUCAGCACUCGUCUCGCCCAAGAGAUAUCGGACAUAUGCAAGACAUGGCCCCGGUUGCUGACGCCCAUCUUGCAAUGGCGACAAGCAGCAACUGCCUCGCCUAGUCAAGGCGUGGCCAUCUUGCACGUCAACCUAUUCUACUGCCAUUCCGUCAUCCUUCUCACUCGACCCUUCUUGCUGUACAUACUCAACAAAGAAACCCAACGGCAUGUCGAACAAUCUGGAUCGAGAGGGCCAAGACCUUUCCACCGCAUGGAGCGAUUCAGCGAGGCAUGUGUCAUCGCUUCCGUGCAUACCAUCCUGCUCAUACAGAACGCUUACGAGGCUGGCUAUCUGUCCCGACGCAACCCAGCCGUUAUCUACUUCCUCUUCGCAGCCACCCUCGUCAUUCUUGCAAGCGACUUCGCCGGCCUAUACCAGAUCGAACUGACGGACAACUGCGUUGUCAAUGCUAUUAACGUCAUGAACUACUGCGCUGAGAGCGAUCAACAAGCAAGCCGUCUAGUAUACAUACUGAGUUCUUUCCGAGACGUCGUCGCACAGCAACGACUACGCCGGCGACAGGAUUCAACAAGUAAUGCGACACUACCCAGCAUCGCAUCACAACUCUAUGGCAGGCAGAUGCCGCAGCAACAACGUAACUCUGCGCCCCAGGCACCCGAUUCAGCGCGCGCAUCAAACCCGAUGGAUGCAACACCACGACUCCACCAAGUGCCCGUACACAUAUAUCCCGGCAUGCAGACAGCGCCGAUCAACGAACCGGUACUGACGUAUCAAGCCUCUGAGCAACACCAUAAUCUCGGUCAAAAUCAACACCAUGGCAACGUCCAGCACAGCCCAGCUCCCACAGGAGAAGACUUUAGUGUCCAUCUGUCUCCUAUCCAAGAGCCCCCGCCGGUAGACAUGGCCACGCCAUCGUAUACAUCGGCCUCGAGAGCGCCCUCGCUAUCAGCAAUGCUCGAUCUAUCUGCUUUGGAAGCAACGCGUGUGCCCAGUCUGCAUUCCGAGGAAAGUGGACAGGAUGAGCAGAUUGAUUUUGAUGCGCUGUGGGCCUGGCCUAGUAACACACCUGCAAUGGGCAGUCCACGGGCUAUGGAGGCAAGCGGCGUGAGCGAGCGGGUUCAGGGUAUUAGUGACAGUGCUGUACCCAUGUUUGGGGUUAGUAGACAGGGGACAGAUGGCCUUUGA